AUGGCCAGAAGAAGCUCAUUAUUUACAAGAUCUAAAAUGAUUAGAUAUUUUAAAUUUAUGGAAAAGUUUGCAAUUGGUGCACUUUUAAUUGGUUCAGUUGCUUAUUAUACUCAAAUUAAAAACAUCGAAGACAAAGAAAAAGAAAAGUUUUUAUCAAAAUAUACCAAAAAUACAGAAACCACCACUACUACUGCCACCCCAGCAACAACCCCUGUAACCAAACAAUAA